GCUGCUUCGUAGAAGCUGUUAAAAAGAAAUUAUUUUUUAAAAAAAAAUUCCAAUAAAUACACGGCCAUUAAACUGGAGCGAUCACGACUUCUUAGAAGAAAGCAAGAAAAAAGAAAAGGCUUCUUCUUCUUCUUCUUCCUAAGAGACUUCCUAAGAGUAGAGAAAGAGAGAGUGAUGGCGGGGGAAGCGGAUCGGAUGGCGGCCAUGGCGGCAGGGGAGAUGGAGUACGAGGACUUGAUGCCGACGAUGGCGGAGAAGCUGGAGGCGGAGGAGUUCGUGAGGGAGCUGUGCGGGGGGUUCCGGCUGCUGGCGGAUCCGGGGCGGGGGCUGAUCACGGCGGACAGCCUGCGGCGGAACGCGGCGGCGCUGGGGAUGGCGGGGAUGACGGCGGAGGACGCGGCGGCGAUGGUGAGGGAAGGGGAUCUUGAUGGAGACGGGGCGCUCAACGAGACGGAGUUCUGCAUCCUGAUGGUGCGGCUCAGCCCCGGGAUGAUGGAGGACGCGGAGGCCUGGCUCGAGAAGGCCAUUGCCAGGGAGCUCGCCAAACCCUCUUCGGUUUAAUUUAAUUAGUUUAAUUUAAUUUAAUUUGAUUUAAUUGUGGAAACUGGACAUGGAAAUCGAAGAUGAUGAAGAAAUUGACAUGGCCCAUCGUGUCCUUUGCCUUUCGUAAUGUUUCCAUUGUAAUGAUACUUGGUGGCUCAGUGCAUAGAGUAUUUUUUUUUUUCAGAUACCAAUUCACUUGCGUUUUAUUCGUUACUUAUUAUUUGUUCCUCUAUUAUUUAAAGAGAUUUCGGAUCGUAGCAAGUGUUGUAGUAGAUAAGUUGCAGAUGGGCUCCAUCUUGGAUUUAUCAAAUUAUUAAAUACCUCACCGAGGAUAAUGGGAUACCUCUCACGGCAAUCAAACAUGAUUGCCUUUUUCCUCC